UGCUGGAGAGGCUGGGCGUCAGCGACCGCCGCGGACAGAGGGAGAUAGAGAGCGAGGAAGAGAGAAAAGCGGUCCCGGCUGCAUCCUUCACAGACUGACCUCGUCACAUGGCCUGUCUUAUGGCUGCCUUUUCUGUGAACAGCGCAGCGGUCACAAACUCCAUUAUUAUGAAUUCCAAUGGGCCUCCUGAUUUGAUGCUGGACUCCAGAACUGUGUGUGUCUCUGUUGAUGAGGUGGUAUCCAGCAAUGCUGGAAGUCAACAGGUUCCACUUCUGAAUGGGCACCUCAGGAAAGUGGAGAACAGUAUUACUGAAGCCCACCGGUUUUCUUACCUGCCACGGCGGCCAGCAGUUAACAUUGAAUUCAAAGACCUCUCCUAUUCGGUCCCAGAAGGCCCAUGGUGGAGAAAAAAAGGUUGCAAGACCCUUUUGAAGGGCAUCUCUGGGAACUUUAGCAGUGGUGGCCUGGUCGCCAUCAUGGGCCCCUCUGGAGCUGGAAAAUCCACUCUCAUGAACAUUUUAGCUGGCUACAGAGAGACAGGAAUGAAGGGGAAGAUUCUGAUAAACGGACAGCCACGGGAUCUUCGUUCUUUCCGCAAGGUGUCGUGUUAUAUCAUGCAGGACGAUAUGCUCCUGCCACAUUUGACAGUUCAAGAAGCCAUGAUGGUAUCUGCUAAUCUUAAACUCCAGGAAAAGGAUGAAGGUAGAAGAGAAAUGGUUAAAGAGAUCCUGACUGCUCUUGGGCUCCUUGAGUGUGCCAAGACUCGCACAGCCAAUCUGUCAGGGGGCCAGAGAAAGCGGCUGGCCAUUGCACUGGAGCUGGUCAACAACCCACCGGUCAUGUUCUUCGAUGAGCCUACUAGUGGUCUGGACAGCGCUUCAUGCUUCCAGGUGGUGUCUUUGUUGAAGGCUCUCGCCCAAGGUGGCAGAACCAUUAUCUGCACCAUCCACCAGCCCAGCGCCAAACUGUUUGAGCUCUUUGACAAGCUGUAUGUUCUGAGUCAAGGACAGUGUAUCUACCAGGGCAAGGUGUCCAACCUUGUUCCAUACCUCAGUGAGCUUGGACUCAACUGCCCAACGUACCACAAUCCAGCAGAUUUUGUGAUGGAGGUGGCCUCAGGGGAGUAUGGCGAACAGACAGCCAGAUUGGUGUGGGCCGUUCAGGAAAAGAAGUGUGAGAGGGACUACAGAAUGGAGAAGCAUGAUGAAGGGACUCUCAACCCGUUCCUCUGGCAGCGGCCCGCAGAGGAGGAUUCUGCCUUUACGGAGGGUUGCCAUAGCUUCUCUGCCAGUUGCCUGACUCAGUUUUGCAUCCUUUUCAAGAGGACGUUCCUAAGCAUCAUGAGGGAUUCGGUGUUGACUCACCUGCGAAUCACCUCCCACAUUGGCAUUGGCAUCCUGAUCGGCCUUCUCUACUUGGGCAUUGGUAACGAAGCCAAAAAAGUUCUCAGCAACUCCGGCUUCCUCUUCUUUUCCAUGCUGUUCCUCAUGUUUGCAGCUCUUAUGCCCACCGUGUUAACAUUUCCUCUUGAGAUGGGAGUUUUUCUACGAGAACACUUGAACUACUGGUAUAGCCUGAAGGCUUACUAUCUGGCAAAGACCAUGGCGGAUGUUCCCUUCCAGGUGGUCUUUCCAGUGGCCUACUGCAGCAUUGUUUACUGGAUGACCUCCCAGCCAUGUGACGUCUUGCGAUUUGUGCUCUUCCUUGCUCUGGGAACCAUGACCUCACUGGUGGCCCAGUCCUUGGGCCUUCUAAUAGGGGCAGCCUCCACCUCUCUACAGGUGGCAACAUUUGUGGGUCCAGUGACAGCCAUCCCCGUACUGCUCUUCUCAGGCUUCUUUGUUAGUUUUGACACUAUCCCCAAGUACCUGCAGUGGAUGUCAUACAUUUCCUAUGUCAGGUAUGGCUUUGAGGGUGUGAUCCUGUCUAUCUAUGGGCUGAACCGCGAGGACCUGCACUGUGAAAAGGAUGACACGUGCCACUUUCAGAAGUCAGAGGCCAUCCUCAGGGAGUUGGAUGUGGAGAAUGCUAAGCUGUACCUGGACUUUAUUGUGCUGGGCAUCUUCUUUGUCUCCCUCCGCCUCGUGGCCUACUUUGUUCUGCGCUACAAGAUCAGUUCCGAGCGGUAGACUGGGAGAGGACUCACGGGACCAGGGAAGUGUUGGUUGAGUCACCUUAGUGGCAGCCGCUCUGCGGUUCCUGCUGACAGUCAGUCUAGCAAUGCAGGCUUUGACUCAGGCCUAAAAACUCAGAAAAAUAUAGAGCGAUGCAUUAAGGUCUGAUUUUCUUCAGUGGUAAUAACACCUAGGAAAGAAAACAACUCCUUGGAUGGUAGAAGCAUUCAGAAUUACUUUACAGUCGAAUGUAUGUUGUACCAUACAGUAGAUGUUUGAACAAACUUGACAACAUAUUUUGUGUUUCCUUUAAGUGGGACUUUCUGUUGCAUAAUAUUUAAGGAUAGUGGCAAAAUAAUUGUCUUGGUUCCAUGGAUUUUACAUGCCGGCCGUUUUGUAUCGUUGAUGGAAAUUUCAGUCUAGGUGGUAGUAAUAAGCAUUGCUUCCUUCUGAUCACAAACAAAACACGGUUUAUUAAGGUACAGGUGAUCUAUAUAAGCACAGUUUCUCUUUAAGAGAAGCUGUACGAAAGUUUCACAGGUGUGUCCACCAUCUGUAAAACUUUGCAUUAUUGCCUGUAUAUGUGUGUUUAACGCAGCCAUUGUGCUAAACCAGCAAGAGACAGAGAACAAGGGCUAUACAUAAUGGUAAUAAGGCUCAUGUAAGUAAGGUAAGUAGGGUGUAAAGUAAGGUGUUGACUCUUUCAAGGCAUCAUGGAAACCAGGGCUGUAUCCCAUUCCGUUUUAAAGAUGUUACAAACCAAUAUAGAAAAAGUCAACUGCCAUACCAAAGAAUUGCUCUUCUGAGAGGCCACCAUACUUUAUUAUGUUAACAAUCACAAACUUCUCUGCUUACUCACACUCCAGUUAAUGUGCAAAACUGAUUCAUUGGUUCAAAAUCCCCACUCAGGUCUUUGCUUGAGACCCCUGGGUUGAUUUGGCCAGAACUCUGAUGCAGGUAUUGGUACACUCGUAUUAAGUCAGGGAAUUCCCUCCGUGUGAUGGGAACCACAAAGAGGUUUUCAUGUUGACCUGCCUAAUCAGAUAUAGCCGCUGCUCAUGAACUGAAGUGUGUGAUCUGUUGCAUGUUGGACAUGCGAGUUGAAGUCUUGUUGAAGUUGAAGAAAUGGGGUGGCCACUCAUUUUUUUAACUGGAGACAAAAAAGCUUCAACCUUAUCUGCUCUUGUGUUGCAGUCUAAAUUAUUUAUUAGAAAUUCAGAGAAGCAAAGCCAAGCUCAAUCAAAAGACUUUUUAUCAUGGAAUUAAUCUUUUUUUAUGAAUCUGUUCUGUACUACUUUUAACUACACACAUCUUCCAUCCAUAUUAAUCUUUAAUUCUGUUUUUAUAUUUGGAUACCACCUUUUGUUUGCAUUACAUAAUAAAUUUCACACAUGCACAUUAUUCAGAUUGAAAAUUCAGCAUGUCUCUUCAUAUUUGAAAUCUUUAAGAAAAGAGACAUAUGCUUUUGUUUUCACCGAUCCACCUUGCUUGGUGUUGCGGUUUGUGAUUGGUCCAACUAUUUAUAAUUUACAUACACAUUUAAUACAUGUCAGCAAAUGAGAA